AUGUCAUCUUCCAACGAGAGGAUCCCUUUGAGGAAGGAGGAGAUGAAGAAGGGCUUGUUCCACAGCCCAAUAUCGUCGGUUCUGAUUAUGUUCGUACUCGUGCUUCAUGGCAUUGUCAAGGUUAGGGUUCAUGGGUGGGAGGAGCUCCAGGCUUACAGAUGCUGGGCUGAAUUCUCCAUCUUGGUGGUUUUCAUCUACCUCUAUCAGGUGCUGGUGGACGAAAAACGUCGCGUUUUAAAGAAACCAGUGAAAGCCUUGGAAGAUGAAGAUGAUAAUGCUACAAAAUUGCACACACAAGACUCAAAGCCUUGGAUGGUAAUGAGUAUUCUGAUUAUGACCUUCAGUCUGCUAUUCACCGGUUGGUCAGUUGGGCCAAUAUAA